GUAUGUUGUUAAAUCUGUUUGAUUUCACACUGCACCACAAAAGAGUUGGUGUCAAAAUGGAGUGUUAUUACUGUUAUUGUGAAACCAACUCUAUGGGUCGUCAGUCUCUCAGCUCGGGUGUAAGGAGUGACUACCCUCUGGCAUCGCGCGAACAAUAAUCUCGUGAGAGCAACAAUCUGGCGGGAUUCAAGUAAUUUACCUGCACAACUCAACUGGAACGCAACGAGCAGCACAACGUUUUCGAGGACAGUUUGUUCAAAAUUGAAGAAAACGUGUUGCAUUGUGUCGGAAAUGUUGGCUAAAGUGGAGAUUGGAGGGGUCCUAAAAUACGUGAAAAUUCCAGAGACUGAUGGAUUUUUUCAAUUUGAUAUGUUCCUUCAAGAAGUGAACGACAAGUUUAGUCUGCAGCCAGACAGCUUCAGUGAGGGCCAGUUCACCAUCACAGAUAUGUCAGGAACAGAGGUGGAUGGAGAUAUCUUUGAUGAGCUUGUCAAGUCGGGUGUCCUGACCUUCAAGGUCCCUUUACCAGUAAUGGAUCUGGAUGUUGAGCUGGUUGCAGAUCAAGCAUCCUCCUCUGUAUUGACAUCGCUGUCCCCAACUUCAUCCCAUUCAUCCUUGGUAGUGGCACAGACUGCACUAUCCCCAGCUUUAUCCCAUUCAUCUGAUUCCACCGUUAUUCUGGAGUCCACAAGAAAAAGGAGGAACCCAACAGGGUUAAUGGACCAGAAUGAAGCAAAACAGAUGGUUGAGGGUGUUCUGAGGGCCAAUCCAAAGGGUGAAGAAGUCUUCAAUGAGUAUGACAAGACUAAAACACUAACUGAUGCGACCCGUAAACAAAUGGUGAACAUCCUGGUUGCAGAUAUGGUAGAGCUACAUGGGAGGGUUCCACCGUCAAGUGUAAGGACCAAUUAUGCACUGGGAAUUGUGACUCUUUUUCCAUACCUCCGUGAUCCAUUCUCCAAACUUGGAUAUGAACACUACUAUGAUCCUGAGGGUAAUACCGGCUUCAUUUCAUGGAGGAUCAAGACGGUUCAACGCAACACCUUUGCUGGCUUGCGGGGUCGUUCCAAGACCGUUCUUCAGGAUGGUCCAAAAACCAGGCGAGAAUCUCUGUCAACCUGCCAACAGCUAUUUGGUGAGGAGUGCAGGGAGGCGAUAUCUACAAUAAGACAUUCCAGCGAUGAAUCUGUGGUCAAAGAGAAGAUGAGAGCGACUUUCCAGUAUCGACAGAAGAUGGUUGGGGAUGAUGCAUCAUCUUCAGUCCUGGAUGUGUUCCCUCGUUUUCUUGAUGUACCUGGAUUGAUCGACCAGGAUUUCUCAAUGAUGUUUGGUGACGAAGUGUCUCAGAAGUUCCUGUCCAAGUGGUCAACUUUCUUCAAGCCAAACAUCAUCACAGACUGCAAGACUGCAACGAAUAUGGAUGAGUUGCUGUCAGCAACUGAAUUUGAGUCUGAAGAGAACAAUGGUCAGUAUAAAAAGUUUUGUUUAAAUAUAUAUUUCAGUGUUAUACUAAAUAAAUACAUUUUUUAUGCCUUUAGCAGAAGCAAAAGGACAGAUUAA